AUUUUUUCCUCCCAUCAUCUUCCCAUUUCAUCCCGUCCUACGCAGCCUCUCCUCUCUUCCCCCCUCAAGGCGUCCCGCGCUCGCUCUCAGGCUCUUUUGAAGCAAUUCUCGAGGCUGGCGGCAGCCAAUCCCUCCACCACGACGUCCUUCGCCGCCUUUCACCAUCUCCCCUUCGCUUCUCCCCUUCCCGCUUUUCUCCCCCGCGCAGCAAGACCUGUCGCCCUUGGACAACGAGCCCCGGCCCUGCGGCGCAUACUCGUCGCAUACACCCCGUGCCGACACUACGCAAAAUCAAGAAAAAUGCCUCCCAAGAAGCACGUUGUGGAGGAAAAGAUUCCUUUGGGCAGGCCCGGGAACAGCCUCAAGAGCGGCAUUGUCGGCCUCGCCAACGUUGGCAAAUCCACUCUCUUCCAGGCCAUCACAAAGUGUAACCUGGGCAACCCGGCUAACUUCCCCUAUGCCACCAUCGAACCUGAGGAAGCCCGCGUCAUCGUCCCCGAUGAGCGCUACGACUGGCUCGUGGACAAGUACAAGCCCAAGUCCCAGGUCCCUGCCAAUCUGACAGUCUACGAUAUUGCUGGCUUGACCCGCGGCUCUUCUACCGGCGCUGGUCUCGGCAACUCUUUCCUCUCUCACAUCCGCGCCGUCGACGCCAUCUUCCAGGUUGUCCGGUGUUUCGAUGAUGCUGAGAUCAUCCACGUCGAGGGCGACGUAAACCCUACCCGUGAUCUGGACAUCAUCAGCGAGGAGCUGAGACUCAAGGACAUUGAGUUUGUCGAGAAGGCACUGGAGAACCAGAAGAAGAAGACCCGCAUGGGCGGCCAAAGCUUGGAGCUCAAGAAGGCCAAGCAGGAGCAAGAAAUCAUCGAGAAGGUCCUCGCCUGGCUGCAAGACGGCAAGGACAUCCGCAAGGGUGACUGGGGCCCCAAGGAGGUCGAGGCUAUCAACCCUCUGUUUCUCUUGACGGCCAAGCCUGUCGUUUACCUGGUCAACCUGUCCGAAAAGGACUUUGUCCGCAAGAAGAACAAGCACCUCCCCAAAAUUGCUGAGUGGAUCAAGGAGAACGCCAGCGGCGACCCCAUUAUCCCCAUCUCCGUCUCAUACGAGGAGCGCCUGACACGCUUUGAGACGGAGGAGGCCGCCAGGGAGGAGCAAAAGAACGUGGGCGCCGACUCGGCACUGCCCAAGAUCAUUCUGCAGAUGCGCAAGGCGCUGCAGCUGGGCAGCUUUUUCACGACGGGCACCGAUGAGGUCCGUCAGUGGACCAUCCGCACUGGCACCAAGGCCCCCCAGGCUGCCGGUGUCAUCCAUACCGACUUUGAGAAGACGUUCAUCCAGGCCAUCGUCUACAACUUCAGCGUAAUCAAGGAGCUUGGCGACGAGUCCGAGGUCAAGGCCAAGGGCAAGAUGAUGACCAAGGGCAAGGACUACGUUGUCGAGGACGGCGACAUCUUGCUGAUCAAGGCCGGUGCCGCCAAGGGCUAAUUUAUGCUGUCGCCGAAAUGCAAAGAAGUUGAUGAUAGCCAUGAACAAUGAAUAAAAACAAAGUAAAAAUUUGACAGCCAAAGACGGAUGUCCGCAGC